AUGGGCAAUUCAAGCACCAAAGAGUCUCGUCCGGUCGACCCGGCGACCGACUAUCGCCAAAGCCAGACUGCCUAUCUGGGCACAUCGACUUCCAGGGAUCCUCCAGCCGAUCGGUUCAGCUCACGGAGGCAGAGUCGCUUUAGCAGAGGCGACCUCAACCUGCUCGGACUCGGAGCAACCGGAUCCUCCAGCGCUGCCAGCAGAGACGAUGUCCCUUAUGAGCGGAGAGAGACGAGACAAGAAAGGGAGGCCCGACGACUCGAGCGAGAACGCGUUGCCAGAGAGAAGGAGCGUGAGCGCAGCAUGAAGGAAGAACAUGUUGACGGCGGCUACCUCGUCACCCUUGGAACAUACACUGGCCCCGAAGAUUUUAGCAAACCCAUCAUUGAGAGGCGUCUUGCGCCCUUCUGGAGAGGCCUCAAUGACUAUUCCGACAACUGGACCGAAUACCAGCUCAUUUGCGCAGGCCGCGGCCUUCCCAUCCCCGCUGCCGACGAGCAACCUCCACCCGAGUUCAUUCCGCAGGCCAACUCGCCUGCCUCGCCUGACGACCCGUCACAGAACCUCGCCGGCCUGACCGUCCCAAUGGGCCCGAGGUCUUUGUCCGUUGGCUCGGACCGUAGCGGCUCCUUACCUGGCUCCGGCAUUUCAUCACCCAAUGCCGCUCAACAACAGCAGCGUAGCAGUUCGCCCUUCAAGCCCCGAGCGAAAGCUCUGGCCGCUGCCUUGAGCGGAGCGUCACGCAACAACUCGUCGGGUGACGCUGCUCCACGCGAAAUCAGGCUUCCCAACGACCCAUACGUCAACGGACAACCCCUAGAAGUCUUCCUGUACAAGGACGCUUGUGAAUGCCCCAUCUGCUUCCUGACAUACCCGCCUUACCUGAAUCGUACUCGGUGUUGCGACCAGCCCAUCUGUAGUGAAUGCUUCGUCCAGAUCAAGCGCGCCGAUCCUCACUAUCCCGAACACCACGGCGAACCGAAUGAGCAGCCUCCGAACCCCGCCAACCCGGAAGAAGCUUCCGAGAUGCUGAUUUCCGAACCCGCUCAGUGCCCCUACUGUCAACAGACGGAGUUCGGUGUAACUUACGACGCCCCCCCAUUCCGUCGUGGUCUCUCCUACGCCAUCGGAUACCCGUCGCAGAAUACCGCCAUGUCAUCACAGAGCUCCCUGAGCUCAACUUUAUCACCGACUUCACCCAACUCUUUUAACAGACGACGUGCUCAAAGUCUGUCGGCUAACGCCCCGAACGUUGUCACGACGGACCGAGUACGCCCUGAUUGGUCGACGAAACUUGCGGCGCAGCGGGCACACCAAGCCCGGAGGGCUGCCGCGGCAACGGCAUUGCACACCGCUGCAUUCCUCAUGGGCAACAAUGAGCAACAACGCGGGUUCACGUUUACGAGGCCUGGUCGUUUCAGCCGCAGGAACACCGGUAGCCGUACGUCUUCGGGGCCGUCUAAUCACCCUGCAGAAGAAAGCCCCAACCGUCAUCCCGAAAGCGAAGCUGUCCAGGCUGGACCCGAACCGGGACCGCGGGGUUCCUCGGGUCGUGGAGCUCUCAAUAAUAGGAGAAGCAGGAUGGAGGAGUUGGAGGACAUGAUGUUUAUGGAAGCUGUCCGGCUCUCUCUCGCAGCGGAGGAAGAGCGAAAACGCAAGCAGGAGAAGGCGGAACGCAAAGAGGCCAAGAAGAGGGGCAAGGAGGAGCGCAAAGCUGUCAAGAAGCAGGACCGUCAAAGCUUCUACGGGGGUGAACAAAGCUCUGCGAGCGCUAGCAGUCUCUCUCUUGGUCUUGGUCGACGCCGUGGCAAUAGUACCACUAGUAACCUUCGCGUGGAAGCUACUCUUCAGGGGGCACAGUCGACUUCUGCUGGUGCCAGCGCCGAUACAUCACCAAUCGCGGCGCCGAGCAACACGGGCCCAACCUCCGCCCCUUCUCUAGCACCAGUUCCGACAGCGAGCUCCAAGGGCAAAGCUGUCGAGCGCCCAGCAGUCGAGACGCAGUCUUCUGAGAACAGCUUCCAGAGCACCUCGUCAACUCCAUCGUUACCCAUCCCAACACCCGGUCGGGGUCCUUCUCAUCUUAGACAUAUGAGUAAUGCGUCAUCCAUCUCGUCCUCCCUAGCUGAUAGUGCUGCCGGAAGCUACACCAAUCAGGUAUACCUCGAUCCUCGGGCGAGCGAACUGAGUGUUGGCAACCGAAGCGAAGAAGGCGACCGCGACAACACUGAGCCGAUGUUCAACUUUCGGAGCCUGGCGGAAAUGGUAGGGGUUGAUAUUGAGAACGGUGAGACCAACGAGAAUGAGGGAGGAGCGUCGGGUGAAGGUCAGAGGGCCACGACAAGGAAGAAGGACGAAGUUGAAGACGAACCCGAAGCCGAGCAUAUGGAGGAGACCUCUAUCGAGCCACCCACCCAUGCCAGUGUUGGUAUUUUGAAGCUUCCACCUACUGUCCCCGAAGAGCCUGUCGACGGCAGAAGUAGCAAGGGCGAUGUGUCUCCUGGCAGCGGGGCACUAACUCCAGAGGUCACGAUCACCCCCGAGACCCCAGGGCUAGCAACUGAAGAGGAUACCGAAAUGAAGAGGCUCGGUCACGACAACGUCGUGGAGAGAUCCUCCGAGAUUAUACAGUAG